AUGGCGGCCGCGCUGCAGGCGAGAGCGUCCCGGGAGAGCGCUUCCGGGUCGGGGCCGGAAGUGCGUCACCGCCACUAUGGCGCCCGCGGGCUGAGCCGGGAGGGCCCUGAUGGCAGACCCCGGGCAGCCCUUCCGCCGGGGCCAGCUCUGAGGCCGGGCUGUGCCGCAGGCCAGGCAGCGGCGCUGGUGCUGGCGGCCGUGCUGUGGGGCAGUACCGGCCCCUUCCUGCGGACGGGCGCGGCGGGGCUGGAGGAGGUGCGGCGCCAGGGCCGCCUGCGGCAGCUGCUGGCCGAGAUCCGCUUCCUGGGCCUCAACUACAAGUACAUGGUGCCUUUUCUGCUCAAUCAAGGUGGAUCUCUCCUCUUCUACCUCACCUUGGCAUCUGCAGAUCUGUCCCUGGCUGUGCCACUCUGUAACUCCCUGGCCUUGAUAGUCACACUGGUGACAGGGAAGAUUCUGGGAGAGGACAUUGGUGGUAAAAGAGCUGUGGCAGGGAUGCUGCUCACUGUCCUGGGAGUCACCCUCUGUGCAGCUGCCUCAUGAAGGAGAUGUGGUGAAAGGCAGAGGAAGGAGGAACCUGCUCCAAGGUAACCCCUGUGGGUUCUGGCUCAGCAGCUCAGUGGCACCUGGAAAACUCUCCUUUGAGCCCUGGAUGUCCAAAGAAACCAUGGAGUGACUUCCCUGAGCACCAGGGUGGGACAGGGAGCGUUGCCAGGAGGUCCUGCUUAACAUCUUGAGUUAAGGACUUCUUUGCCUGGGGGUGUCUCCAGGCAGGGCUGGUGAAGUUGUCUUGCUCAGCACUGGAGGCAUUAAAAGAGAGGGUUAAUAAAUGGUUCAGAGGGAAGUUGUGGGACUGAGUGGUUUGCAGAAGGGAUCUGCUCAGGAGCUGCUCCUUUUUCUGGCCAAGCACAUGACAGUGGCUUCCUCAGCUGCAGGGGGCCAGGUCAUGCUGCUGGCACUGAGCUACACUUGGCUUUACUCUGCUGGAGCCUUGCAGAGGGCCUCUCAUCUGUCAGGCAGCAGCAGUG